ACGCUGCUCGACACUGCACUGGAGGCGGGCCUCGACCCGCCCUUCACCUGCCGUGCGGGCGUGUGCGGCAUGUGCGCCGCGCGCCUCGUCUCGGGCGAGGUGACGACCUGCACCAGCCGCGCCGCUAUCUCUCAUCACCGGCUCUCGCCCUCCCGCACACCCACCCUUUCAGUCUAA